AUGUACGGAUUCCUAGAACAAGAGUACACGGUCCCGGUACCGGUACCGUUAUGGAACGUGGCGCGAUUCAUGUUCAUAAGUGUGGGCGUGACUAGCCUCUUGAGCAAAUUGUGGAGCUCUAUUGGCGCUAGUGCGGCCGGGUGCGUGGUUGCGCGAGGAGGAGAAGUCCAACUACGUUCCAGGACGUUCACGCGAAGCUCUUUAGUAGCGGAGGAGGACGCAAAAAAUUGGAAAGUUCGUUGGUUGAUCAACGCGGUGGCAAUGCUUUUGUUCGUUUCGGAUCUGGCGUUAGAGUUUGGCUCAGGGGCUAAGGAAGUAUUGGCAGGUCCCCGGCUGGGAGCGGGAUACCAACAGGCGCAUGCGCUGCCGCAGUUGGAAGUAAUCCACACGUCCUUGGGCCACUGGGAUAUAGCCAGCCAAGCAGGCGAGCUCUACUUCCAGGAUUUCAAGGUCACCGAGAUGAGCCGUUAUAGCUUCACUGACGGGACGAAGCCGAGCGUUGACGACUUAGCCGAUCUUCGCAAGAGGGAUGUACUCGACAGCAGUUGGCAACGCAUCGACAGUAUUAACAAGGGGGCUUGGCUUGCAGUUAGACAGCUAGCCCAUGUCUCUUUCGCUGGAGCCCCUGGGAAAAUGUUAGUUAGGAAUCGUACCGCGAUUUAUUCUGGGUACAUGGGAGAGUACGUCCUCGAGAUUAUUGGACAGGGAAACAUAGACAGUUCCAUAUUCGCAGAAGCCAUGUCGGAAACGAGGCUAGCCGUCGCUUUUACCACACUCACUCGCACCAACUCACCUUUGAGGAUAUCGCUCCCGGCAAGACCGCAAUUCGAGGUCAAUUGCGGAGGGGACGGCACUUCAAUCCCUGGGUGGAAGGUAGUUUGUAGACCGUUUACGAGUCGACCGUGGCAGAUGCUAAGACCAGAAGUGGCAGCGACCAGGGACAGAAGGUGGCAAGUCGAGUCUGAACUCGUUGAUGUGUACUUCGGAGCCCCUUCGGACCGGGGCGAUGUCCAGUCAGAUGCAGAUGGCCUGGAGUACAGCCCACGCACUUCGGAUGGAGCUUCACGUGUGGUCUCGACACGGCGUGGAUCUAUCUUGUUGACCCUAGGGCGAUGGCAGAUGAAGCUCUCAGUCUCUCCGAAGGGGCUAGUAACUUGUCUUCGACCUCUCCACUUUAGGACUGACGCCGAAAGUUACGCCUGUCGUGUGCGGCUGUGGCAAGAGGAGACGGAGCAACAAGGGGCCAUGAUGGCAUUACAACUUGCUAUGUAUCGCGACUCCGAAGCUUGGGCGAUCUACGACAUGUGGAAGGCGAGUCCGGCGACAGUCAGUACAGUGCGACUCGAGUGGAUAAGGGGUGGACUCACGUCACGAGCAGCGCGACAGGUCUCAAACACUAGAACUGUGGCUACAGUGAGAGCGCCGUUCCUACUAGGGAUCAUGAUAAUAUUGGGAACUACGCUUCUAGGCAUACUAGUGCUCAUAAGUAAUAUGCGGGUGGUUGGUCGUGGUCCAGCGCUGCUUCGAAACUUAACCAUCGAGAGAACUAGGAGGUCUCUAGCCAUGUCACAAUCAACACGUUUCAAUUGCUGUCAUGUACCGUGCCACAGCCCAGUAACGUCUAUAGUUGCGACUGGAGAUCUUACCUGCCACCUGACGACCACGUACCGAGAAAGGGUGAAGACCGAAAGAGUCAUUGCUCCCGAGAGGGGCUACAUGCUACUCAUGGGGACCGGAGGAUUUAAAGGAGCUAAGCAGGAUGAGGUAAAAUCUGAUGACUGUACGUAACCUCCGGCUCUACACCUGCUGUAGUAAUUACUACCAGUGAGCGGACCGAGGGCGACGGCCAGCUACGUACCGACAUACUUCUUGUGGACGCGCCCGCUGUUGUCGAAAA